CUCAAUGAUACUGCCGCAAUGCUUCGCGCUGAUGAUGCUCAAUACCAUCAUCUAAGGAUCCGCGUCGUCGAUGACAUUAUGGCCAAUCAUUCUAGCGAUCGAGAGUUCAAGGUCAUGGAAUCGGCCGAACUCAAACAAAUGAACUAUCGGUCUCAAGUAGCAUACAACCUCCAACACACCCACGACUCCAUCUGCAAAGGUGGGUUGUUCGCCCAUGGCAACACCCCGAUGCAAAAGCAGCUCCAAGUUGCUUCCAUCGCUCUGGGAUAUGUCAUGGAAAUGAUUGUGGAGGAAGAGGACAGCAAGAGCUCCAACUCAUGGAUCCAGGUCCCGGCCAGCGAGCUCGAAGGCUUCAUCAAGACCAUGUUGUCUACCCAGCAUCAACAGCCCGAGGCCAAGGUACGUAUAUGA